UAUAAAAUAUUUAAUAUUUUGUUAAUGUUUUAUAAUUUUUGAUAUAAAAGAAAUCUUUUAAUAAUUAUUUAAUAUUUGAUAUUCAUCUAGAGAAAAUUAUAUGAUAUCCCUAGACAAAUUUUAUUCGUUUCUAAUUAUAAACAAUUUGUGUAAAUUCUUUUGAAAAAUAUUUAAUAUUAGUGAUUAUUAUGUGCAAUUAAUUAAGUUUGUGACAUAAAAUAAAUAAUAAAUAUUUAAAACAUACAAUUAGACCUUUAAGAAGAAUUUUUGUCCAUCAUUUAGCACACUUUCAGUGAAGAGAGACUUCUUACUGACAUAAUGUAACAUAAAUCACUAUAAGUUAUCACUUAACAAAGCCUCUAACCUAAAGAUUCGUAUAAUAUUUUAUUUAUUUUAUUCUUCUUUUAUAAAAUAUAAUCAUUUUUAAUUUUUUCUUCGUUGUUAUUUAUAUUGUCAAUAAAUUUUUUUAAUAUCUUUAUUUUUUAUUAAUAUUAACAAAGUAGUUUGAAAUUAUGAAUCUAAUUCAUAAUAUUAUUUGUUUAUAUUUUAAGAUUAGCAUUGUUAUUAGUAUUUACAAAAAAUAAUAUAAUGUUAAUAUUUUGUUUUUGUAAUGAAUUGCAAUUAGAAAAAUGUAUUUAUUGCUAUGCAUUUUAUAUGUUCUUAUAUAAUUUUAUUUAGAAUUAAUAAUAUUACUUAUCGCAUGAAGUCAUAUCUUAUUAUAAAUAUAUAUUUUUAUUUUUUUUGUAUUUUUAUUUUAUUAAAAUAAAAUGUAGAUAUAAUUAAAUAAUUAUUUGAAAAUUAUAAAUAGUCAUAAAAUAUAACAUUCCAUAUUAUAAUUAUUUUUUAAUUUUGUAGUAAUUCAGUGGCUAUUUGCUUAAAGUAGAUCCAGUAUAUAGCAAACAUAUUUGCUUAUUAGGUGCAUAAUUGGAACAUAAGUAGUGCUGCUGUUCAUCUCUUGAAGUACAGAUAUCUAUGAUGUUUUCAUCAGGUCUUAGCUGCAAUCUGUCCUUUCCCAGUUGUCUGGGUUAUCCACAAGACAACGAAGAAUUAAUACCAAAAAUGGCUAGAGAGCCAAUAAUUCUCAAUGUUUAUGAUAUGUAUUGGAUAAAUGAAUAUACUACACCAAUUGGAUUAGGUGUAUUUCAUUCAGGUGUUGAAAUUUAUGGAACAGAAUAUGCAUACGGAGGUCAUUCUAAACCAAUUUCUGGAAUUUUUGAAAUUACACCAAGAGUUGCUGAAGAAUUAGGAGAACAGUUUAGAUAUAGGCAAUCAGUACAUAUUGGAUAUACAGAUUUCACGGAAGAAGAUGUAACAAGAAUUGUUACUGAAUUAGGAAAAGAUUUUAGGGGUGAUCGUUAUCAUUUAAUGAAUAAAAAUUGUAAUCAUUUUAGUAGUCAACUUACACUUAUUUUAUGUGGUCAAGAAAUACCAGGUUGGGUAAAUCGUCUUGCAUAUUUCAGUUCUUGCGUACCAUUCCUUCAGCGUUGUCUACCGAAGGAAUGGCUAACACCCGAUGCACUUCAACACUCUUUGAAUCAAGUCAGUCAUGAAAGUACAUCUUCUGAAAGUACGUCAUCUGAUACUUCCUUGUAACAUUCGGCCAAUUUUUUAAGACAAAGAGAUCUAAAAUGCCGUAGGAGUUAUACCAUUUAGAGAAUUUAUGCGCAAAGGAAGUUUAUUAUGACAGUAACUGUAUCGCCCAAAUUAUGGAAUCUGAGAAACAAAACCGUCAAGAUGAGGUACAAAUUUAAUAUUGUACUCUAGAAUUCCUGUGGUGAUUUAAUAAUACUGAAAAAAUGCCUUUCUUGCAACAUGUCGUCUUUUAAAUUUUGGACGGCAGUUUACAAUGUCGCGUGUGUUCUUUGUUGUAUCAUAUGAUCGAAAUUUAAUAGAUAUAUACUUAAUAGAUAAUUAUGUAUAAAUCAAAGGCAUGAAGAGACUGGAACUAUUUAUUUAUUAAUUAAUCACUUUAAUUUUUAAAAAAAUUUUUUGCUAAGAUUUUAUACAUAAUAAUUUUUAUUUUGAAUUGUAUUUGAAAAUUAAUACUUGUAAUAUGCAAUUUUCUCAAAUUAUAUUUUAGAAAUAUUCAGUGA